AUGACAGAGGAUGUGAUCGCCAAAUAUCUAGAGGAAAAUUAUCGAGUAACAAAACACAACGCCUACGAUUUAUUAGAGCCAUUGUACCCUACGAAGGUUGCUGAUUACUCUUAUCCUGAAGAUUACAUAUCACCAAAAUUCAAGACGUAUGGAGGAAAGGGAAAUGCCCGCGAGCAUAGGAGAGUCACAUCAAUAGAUUUGGGAAGAUACACCCAGCGGGUUGGAGAAGAAAUUGGGAAGUUCAUCACUCGCUUCCGGGAUUUCAUACUUGAAUGUCACGAGGACAUCCUAGAAGAGCGCUUGGUGGAAAUUAAUAUUCGAGGAAUUGAUGCAAUCUUCCGGCUAAGUUUGACAAAUUUCAAAUUCCAAACUUUCGUUGAUGUAAAAGAGGUUGCGGCCCGGAUAUCAGACUGCGCGGACGUUAUGAACUCCGGAGCAGGUGGACACAACUGGAAAACACAUUCCGUCAAUGCUGCAUCAAAUGAUCAGGGAGGUGACAGAGGAAAAGCUACUGCUUUUGGCCCUUAUCGGAGAGGACAGUCGAGCAGGAGAGAUGGAAGAGAGGACGGAGGAAGACCAAAUCCGCCACCACCACUACCAUGCAGCGGGGAGCAGGUAGUAGGACUUCUUGAGCAAUGGAUAGCUAAUAAAGAAGAUACUCUUCCACAUGUGGCUACAGAACCUACCGCGACAGAUAAGUUGCAUGAGCAAUAUUGCUAUUAUCACCGAAAAGUCCAUCAUCCAACCGUGGAAUGUUUCUAUCUACGUUAUAUAGUACAGAGGAAACGAGCCAAAGGCGAACUGAAAAUAGGAGAACAAAGAAUUCAUAAAUAUCCUCUCCCUCAACAUCAAGUCAUGAUGAUUUCUCAUGAGCCCGCAGAAGAGGAAACCUGGCGACCAUGGGAAGACGAGAAAGAUGAGGAAGCGUAUGAGGCGACUGAGACGACCAUCUUUUCAGAUACAACCGGAGUUGCCAGCAAAUUAUCCCAAACGGUCUUGACCCAUCAAUUCUUUGAUUCUCUUGGUUUCAGCAAGGAUCAAAUUCGCGAAGCAUCUAAAGCUAUCGCAUCAAUCGCGUCCAUAAAGGCGUAUAACCCGUUGCCACGGGAAUCUAUCACCUUUACUAACGAAGAUAUAUGCUAUCCAGGAGAGCACCUACGGCCCUUGUACCUCACAGCCCAUAUCAACAAGCAUCCCCUCAAGCGAGCUUUCAUAGAUGGCGGAGCAUCCCUUAACAUGAUUUCCCUGCAUAUGCUGGAGUCUUUAGGAGUAUCAAGAGCGUCAAUCAAAACAGGUGCAACAACUGUAAGGGGAUUUGGAAGACAGACUCAAACGGCAAUAGGAAUAGUACAUCUGAUGAUGAAGAUUGGACCUAUCAGAGCGCUUACCCCUUUUUAUAUGCUCGAAGAUGAUACCACCUUUCAUGUAUUGUUGGGCCGAGGAUGGCUCUUGAAUCAUAAAGUAGUCGCGUCUACAUAUCACAUGUGUGUCAAGACUAACAUUGGAGGAAAACAAUUCCGGAUUCCAUCUACGAACAAUCUGUUUGGUUCGGAGGAGGCCUAUAUGGCAGAUGCAGUUUUCUAUACACAACCUAUCGUAGACCAAUGA